AUGAAAGCUUUACAACGCUUGCGAGACUUCGUCAACAACACGGCUUCACCCAUAUAUCAGCCUGCGAAAUAUGAGUUACCAGAAGGCUAUUACGGCGAAGCGGGCAUGACAGGCGAUGCGAUGGAAUGGGGGUUCCUCGAGGAUCCUCCUAUGAGCACCAAAACAGCGACCAGCUUUGUUGAUUCAGGUUUCCACGACGAACACUGGCAUGUGUUAGAACAGGCUGCAAUUGCAACACCAGCGUCUCCUUCGUUCGUAUAUGCCGACAAACACAAACUCGGCACAUCCGUUCGUCCAACGAGGACAAAAGCUACUGUACCGGGUGACGACUUGCUUGACAACCUAUUUGCGUUGCCCUUUGACCAUUUAAGACAUAUUUAA